AUGGUUUUUGGUGGCAACCAUCAAAUUUCCACAACGAUAGCCUCAGGCAACAUAGCAAAGCAAGACUGCCAAACACAAUGCGGAAACGUGACAGUUUCCUACCCUUUUGGUAUCGGGGUAGACUGUGCUUUAGAUGGGUCAUUUAAUUUCUUCUGCAACUCUACAGAAGAACCCCCAAAGCUUAUCUACGGUGAAAACAUUGAAGUAUACAGUAUUUCAGAUUCGGAGAUAAACAUCUCCACUUCGAUCGGUUACACAUGCUACAACAAAGAAGGGAUUAUAACUGACACAUUUGAUGCAUGGACUAGCAUUCCUUCCACUGACCCUUUCACCUUUUCACGAAAGAACAAGUUCACAGUCAUUGGGUGCGAUGAUUUUGCCAACAUUAGUUCGACUARCUUCUCAAGUGGCUGUUGGGGGACRUGUAACGAAGCAAAUGAAGUGCCUKAUGGGUAUUGCUCAGGAAUUGGCUGUUGUCAGACAUCUAUACCCAAGGGUCUGAAAGAUUACACUGUUACACUUAACUCCUUUGAUGACCAUAAAAGAGUUCAGUCCUUCAAUCCUUGUGGCMUGGCAUUUCUUGGUGAGGAAGACAGUUUUAAGUUCCUUGGAGCAGAGGAUUUWUAUAACUAUACCGAGUUUUAUGACAGGACAUUAUCCAAAGUCCCCAUAGUUCUUGAUUGGGUUAUUGGAAGCAACCGAAGUUGCAAAGAGGCUACGGAGUGCAAGGGUAAUAGUUCCUGCAAGGAUGCAGAGAWUGGUGGGUAUCACUGCAUCUGCAAUGAAGGUUAUGAGGGCAAUCCUUAUCUUGAUCCAGGUUGCCAAGACAUCGACGAGUGCAAGGAUAAAAGCCAUUGUUAUGGUAAUUGCAUUAAUAUUCAAGGGAGUUACAAUUGUACGUGUUGGCCAGGAUACACGGGUGAUGCAAUGACUGCAGAUGGUUGUCGAUACAUUGCUAAAAAAUCAAAAAUUUUGGCUUUUGUAUUGAGUCUAGCUCUCGGUAUUGGCUUGCUGGCAAUAUUUUCUGCAGUAAGUGGGAUUUUCUUUGGAAUAAGGAAAAGGAAACUAACCAAGCUACGAGAAAAGUUCUUUGAGCAAAAUGGGGGUGUGUUUCUGAAACAAAAACUCAAGGCACCAGGGACUAGCAAUGCAGUGACUAUCUUUAGCACUGAACAACUUCARAAAGCGACUGAUAAUUAUUCUGAUGAGCGAAUCAUUGGCCGAGGUGGUUAUGGUGUAGUGUAUAAAGGAAUUUUGCCUGAUAAAGGUGUUGUUGCAAUAAAGAAGUCAAAACUAGUGGAUGGGACCCAAAAGGAGCAAUUCGUCAAUGAAGUCUUAAUCCUUACACAAGUCAUACAUAGAAAUGUGGUGAAGCUUUUAGGCUGUUGUUUGGAAGAAGAGGUCCCAGUACUAGUUUAUGAGUUCAUCUCCAACAAUACGUUAUUCCAUCACAUUCAUCAUAUAUCARGUGGAAUGAGUUGGUUAUCAUGGGAGAAUAGGUUAAGAAUUGCCUCUGAAGCUGCAGGUGCACUUGGAUACCUUCAUUCACAAGCUACCAUGCCUAUCAUACACAGAGAUGUCAAGUCUACCAAUAUAUUAUUAGAUGAUAACUAUACCACAAAAGUUUCUGACUUUGGUGCUUCAAGGUUGGUCCCAUUAGAUCACGAUCAAGUCACCACUCUUGUUCAAGGCACACUUGGAUACUUGGAUCCUCAAUACUUCAAUACAAGCCAACUGACGGACAAGAGUGAUGUAUAUAGUUUUGGAGUGGUCCUUGCAGAACUCAUAACUGGGCAAAAACCCCUUUGUGCUGAUAGAACCAAUCAAGAAAAGAAUCUAGCUACAUAUUUUGUCAAGUCGAUGAAAGAAAACCGGCUAUAUGAAAUUGUUGAACCACGAGUGCUACGUGAAGGCACUYUAGAGCAGUUACAAGCAGUAGGUGAGUUGGUAAAGAGAUGCCUUAAGUUAGAAGGCGAUGAUAGACCUACGAUGAAAGAGGUGGAGAUGGAGCUAGAGGGAUUGAGGAAGUUCACAACUCAUCCUUGGGCUCGAGAACAAACACAUGAAGAAUCUACAAGCUUAAUCGUUGAAGUUGAACAAUCUGAUCUUUAUAAUGAAUGGGAAUCUUACUCAGGUAGUACUCAUAUGGCGUUUCAAGAAAAAAAAACCACGUUAACCGGUUAA